GAGCAACAAUACCCCAUUUUCCAUUUUCUUUGUAGCACAACAAUUUCUUCUUCAACUUAAGCUAUCUCAAAAACCCAUGAAUUUCUUUAAACCCAAAGACACCCGGCAGCCGGCGGCGCCACCGCCGUCGCCUCAGCUUCUCCUCCACCGAGCCGUCACAUCUCUCCAGACCCACUUCUCAACCAUCUUGAACAAUUUGCAGACCAACCCUCCUCUCAGAAACCCUUUCUUUGCCAGAAUUUCCGACGAAAACAACACGGUUCAGAGCAAAGUCAGUCCCACUAAUAGCAGUAGUAAUCUAACUGCUAAGAAUUGCGCCAUGUCGCCGGAGGCCAUCGAGGAGCGGCUCGCUGGAGUGCCAGUGUACGCCCUGAGCAACGGUGCUGAGGAAUUUGUUUUGGUUUCGGGCGCUCAAUCGCGUAGAGAUCUUGGUUUGUUCUUUUUCACCGAAGCCGACGCCGAAGCUCUCCUUAAACAUAUGAAGUCUGUUGAUUCUUCUAUGAGUUCUGGCUCACAAGUUGUUCCAGUUGCUCUAAGCAAGGUUUUUGAUCUUAAAGUUAAUGGGGUGGCUUUGAGAUUGUUACCCGAGGCUUCCCAGAUAAAGAACGCAUUGCAGGAGAGGAAAAGGGUUGGCCUGGAAGACGAGAGCUUCCGUGGGGUCCCAGUUUUCCAGUCAAAAAGCUUGGUCUUGAGGAGCCAAAAUAAGACAUAUCGUCCUGUCUUCUUCAGGAAGGAGGAUCUAGAAAAGUCACUUUCGAGAGCUUCACGUGAUCAGAAGCAGGCGAAUCCGAGUCUGAGGCGAGGGGACGUACAGGUUGCUGUUCUUGAGGAUAUAAUUCGAGGAAUGAAGGAUACUGCAGAGUCGUCAUGGGACGACGUAGUUUUCAUCCCUCCGGGUUUUGAGGUUUCGAGCAGUCCAUCUCGACAACAUUAACCAAAUUGAUCAUUAGUUCAUCUGCAAAAUACCAUCCAAAUUUGCUACUCUGGAAUUUAGUACUUGUUUGCUUCAAGCAAGCUUCUGGUGAUACGCGCUUGUUAAGAAUGGUUGCACUUUUAUUUGCGUCACAUAAAGUAGUGGCAGUGGCAAUAGGAUGAGUGAGUGAGAGGUGAAUAGGUUGAGUUAAUUUCAUUAUUAAAUGCAUUCGAUUCGGUUCUAAAGUUUGAAAAUAAAUUAUUGUUUACGUUUUUUAUUUUUAAAGUUGGUUUGAUUUA